CGCUCUGGCAGUGCUGGCGAUUUGACACAGCAGAGUGCGUCUGGGCUUUUACGCUCUCGGUGUAGAGUUUUAUCACAGAAGCAAGAAAUGAAUUGCAGAAGCUACUAAGUGCAUUUGAACGUUAAUUAAAUCGCGUAGAAACGUGAAGACGAGUGUGUGCAACUAUCCAUCUCCAUCAUCAUGGCCGAGGACAACUCCUGGAAGACGAGCAACUUUCGCCAGAGCGUCGUUAACAAGAUCAAUGAGGCCAUCCAGCAGACGGGCAUGACAUCGUCGAAGAAUGGCAUCGAGAUGGAAAACCAUGUGUUUCACAAGGCUCGCAACAAGGAUGAGUAUCUCGGGUUUGUCGCCCGCCUGAUACUGCACGUACGUGAGAUGAACACGAAGCACAAAAACCAACAGAAUGCGGCAGCAGCGGCAGCGGCGGCCGCACAGCAGGCUCAGCAGGACGGUGGAGGCAACAGCAGCCAGCAGGGCGGUGGUGGUGGAGGGGGCGGUAGCGGUAUGCCCGAUCCCAUCAAUGCCCUGCAGAACCUUGCGUCGCAGGGCACCCGGCCACAGAUGAUGGGGCAGAUGGGCGUAGGACCGGGCGGUCCCAUGGGCGGACAGAUGGGCGGUGCUGGGCAGGCGUCCAAUCUGCUGCACUCGCUGCGCCCGCAGAUGCAGAUGGGUGGCAUGGGUGGCCCGAUGCAGGGUAACCGGGUGGGCAUGGGACCGGGCAAUCAGAUGGGUGGCAUGAUGGGUGGCCCGAACCAGAUGCAGGGUCCGGGCGCCGGGAUGGUCGGUGGAAUGCCGGGGCAGAUGGGUGUGGGGAUGGGGCCGGGCGGCAUGAGCGGUGGCAAAAUCGUGGGAAUGGGCGGCCAGCAGCAGCAGAUGGCCCAGCUGAACGCAAUGCAGGUCAACCAGAUGCAGCAGGCCCAACAGCAGCAGCAACAGCAGCAACAGCAGCAAGGUGGCAUGUCACAGCCGCAGCAGCAGCAGCAACAACAGCAGCAGGGAGGUAUUGCCCAAGGACAGGGCGGACCCGUGCAGCAGAUGGGCGUAGGCCCCGGCGGGCCAAACCAGAUGAACCCGAUGGUGAUGGGACAGAUACAGGCGCAACUGCAGAAUCAGAACGCAAUGGGUGGACAGCAAAUGGGGUCGGUUGGCGGUACGAUGAACGCCGGCAACCAAAUGGGCCAGAUGGUUGGUGCGAACGCAGGCAUGAAUCCGCAGGCAAUGGGAAUGGCCUCGAAUCAGGUGGUUCGCCAGCAACAGCUACAGCAGCAGGGCAUGGGCCAGGUGCAGAUGGGCCUUGGGCCCGGCCAGAUGGGCCAGCUGAGUGCGGGCGUGCAGGGUGGCGUUGGACACGGAGGCCCCGGUCCGAACAUGGGCCAAGUCCAACAGCAACAGCAUCCCGGACCGAUUGGUGGUCCCGGAGGUCCGGGUGUUACGCUGCAACAGCAAGCCAUGCAGCAGCAGCAACAGGCUGGCGGAAUGGGCCCUGGUGCCGGCCCGAAUCAAAUGAACCCUGGUGUAGCGAUGGGCCCUGGCGGAGUGGUGGGCCCUGUCGGCGGUGGCGGUGUGAUGGGCCCCGGCCCGAACCAGAUGCUCGGAGCGGGUGGUGCCGGCGGACCGGGAGCGGGCCAGCAGGGCAACUUCGUUGGAAUGGGAGCGAACGCGAUGGUGCGCAAGCCGCCGGAAAUGAUGCCGGGCGGAAACGUGUACCCGGGCAGUGGUGGAGCGGUGCGCAGUGUGACGCCCAAUAACUUCCUGCGCCAGUCGCCUUCCCCGUCCGUGCCGUCACCGGUCGGUCCGGGAGCGCACGGUCCGCCGUCGCACCCGGGACAGAUGAUACCCUCGCCGGCCCUGAUCCCAUCGCCCAACCCGCACAUGGGCGGGGUGGCCCAACGUUCCACGAUCGGCCAGUCGCCCGGCGGCUCGUUAAACACGCCCGGCCAGCCGGGUGGCGCCGUGCCCAGCCCGCUAAACCCGCAGGACGAGCAGCUGUACCGGGAGAAGUAUCGCGCCCUCACCAAGUACAUCGAGCCGCUGAAACGGAUGAUCGCAAAGAUGGAGAACGACGAUAUCGAUAAGAUUGCGAAGAUGAAACGGUUGCUAGAAAUUCUCAGCAAUCCGAGCGUUCGCAUCCCGCUCGAGACGCUGCACAAGUGUGAGGCCGCGCUAACGAGCCAGCUGGGAUCGAUCCGCGAAACGCCAACGAACAACCCGCUGGUCGAGGCCGUCUCGAGCAGUCUGCAGGCUGCCACGGGCAACCACACCCUGCAGCGUACCUUCCGCCCCUGUCUGGAGGCGCUGUUCGGGCCGGACAUUAAAAAUUUGCCCCCGCCGGCAAAGCAAUCCCGACUGGCGCUGGACGAUACGGGCGCGGCCGGUGGAACGGGUGGCGGAGUGACUACCGGUGGUGCGACUACCACCACCACCAGCACCACGACAGCGGCCGCUACGACUGGAAGUGCAUCGUCUACUACCAGCACCACCGCCAGCAGCACCACUGCACCGCAGGAGAUACCGCACAUUCUGCAGGGCGAAAUCGCUCGGCUGGAUCAGAAGUUCAAGGUAUCGCUGGACCAGUGCGCCAUCAGCGGUACGCGCACGAUCAAGCUAAUCUGCUGGCUGGACGAUAAAAAUCUACCCUGCGUGCCGCCGGUCGCCGUCACCAUCCCGGAGGACUACCCAUCGACCGCCCCGAGCUGCUCGCUUAUCGAGCAAGAGUAUAACGCGACGCCAUUCCUGAUACUGGUGCAGAAAUCGCUGAUGGCGCGCAUCUGCAAGCUGCCGGGACUGUUCACGCUAUCGCAUCUGCUCGACACGUGGGAAAUGUCGGUCAGGCAGGCGUGCUCGCCGAAUCCAACGAUUGUAGCACCCACCGGCACGAGCGUACUGCUGGGCAUGUAAUGUUAAGUAAUGAAGCCGACCGCCGAGCAGGAGAGUGCACAAUAGAAGUGAAUUUUAUAUUACCGCCCACAAGAAUACGCAAGUGUAUGCAGCCAAACGGAUUUAUUGUGCAUGUAAUAUAACCGAUUGAACCAUUUUUAAAUUAAUAUCGACAAAAGGUUAAAGUAAA